AUUAAAUUAAAAAAAAUAAUUGACAACAUUGGAUCGGUGUAGUUCUAUAUGAACAUUCUGCGUGGUAGUUCAAAUAACCACUAUAGUACAUACAAACGACCCAUAGUAGCUACAUAGAAAAUCUAGUAGAUACUGCUCACCAACAUAACCAUAAACUAAUUUGAAAAUACUAGAAUAAUCUGUUUAACAUUUCAUAUGAUAAGCAACAUAAGUUUUAGUUUUAGUAUUUCACAUUAAGUGUAAAGCUACUUACAAUCCAUCCAUGCUGCUACCAAAUUAUGGCGCGAUCGAUUCUGUGAACCUGCAAGAGUUGUGAUAAACAUUGGUGUUUGAUACAAGUUAUGUAUCUUUUUAAAAAUGUAUAAUUAAGUCUCGCAAAUUGUUGUGAUAUGUUUUAAAACACUUUUGAACAUGUGAGACAGGAGGAAUUUUUACUUAUUAAUAUAACAGAAACAAAAAAGUUUUGCGAUGGCUAAAUUGGAUUGCGGUAUAAAAAGGAACAGUACAAUAGCUGUGUUUGAGCAUGUCGUUGAGAAGAAGAAGGAGCAGAAACCAAAAAGAUUUCGUACAAAUAGAUUCUUAGAUGACGAUUCGCCCUCAGAGUCGGAACUCGUGAUUGAUGAAAAACCCGCAAGAAAAAAAAAGUCUGAUGCCAUUAAAUUGUCUGAAGAAUCUUUAACGUUGAUUUGUCAGUGGGAAAAUUGCGAGGAAGUUUUCACGGAUUAUCAAAAAUUUCAAAAACAUUUGAUGUUUCAUUGUAGUGAGUUUUUCAAAGUUCAUAAACAAGAUAUCGCAGAUUGCCAAUGGAAUGACUGCGCCCACAAACAAUUAGCAAAGGCAUAUUUUACGCAGCACAUGUCUUAUCAUGGUUACAUAUCCAAGUUAAAAAACAUUGGCAACAAUGAACUGAGCAGAACCAGUCUUCCCGACUGCAAGAAAAUAAUAGCAGACGACGAAAUACCAAUCAAGUACAAUUGGUACAUGUGUGAAUACGAAGAUUGCGACAAUCAGUUUGAAACAAUAUUUGAAUUUCACAAUCACAUCAUUGCUCAUGUUAAAGCCAAUCCCAGAGUUGCAUCCAACGAUGAAAUAAUUAAGUGUUACUGGAAAGGUUGUAAUAAUAAAUUUCCCAACCAGUAUAAAUUAGCAGAGCAUUUAAGAGUCCACACAAAAGAAAAAAUUCUAGCUUGUCCAACAUGUCUUAAACAAUUUUCAACUAAAACCAAGUUUCGCGAUCACAGAAAGCGUCAACUCUCGACGGAUCUUCAGAGCUACCAAUGUUCCCAGUGUUUAAAAUUAUUCGCAACGGAGCGAUUGCUUCGAGAUCACAUGAGAUCGCACAUCAACCAUUACAAGUGCACAAUGUGCGACAUGACUUGUCCGAAACCAUCAAAUCUAGCUACACACAUACGCCUCAAACACAUCAAGGCUAAGCCAUUCAAAUGCGUGACGUGCGAUAAGUCUUUCUUUUUCAAAACAAAUCUUCGACAACACAUUUUAACACAUAACAAUAGCAGUUAUUCUUGUAACGAAUGCGAUUUCAAGUGUAAAAGCGCCUACGCCUUCAAACGGCACUGUGCCAAACAUAAACAGAAAGUGGCUGUCUAUGAAUGUCACAACUGCAAAGAUAAAUUUAACAGAGGCGGACAUUUAACGAAGCAUUUGAUGAAGAAGCACAAUUAUCAUUGGCCUUCAGGUCACACCAGAUUCAGAUAUCGCCAAGAUCAGGAUGGUAUUUAUCGAUUGCAGACUGUAAGAUAUGAAAGUUUGGAAGUGACUGAGGAAAUGAUACGGAGUGAGACUAUGCAAAGUUCAUCAAUACCUCAGUCUACUAGUUACAAGAUCCAGUAUGAGGAAAACAAUGAGACAAUUGUUAUGUCAGUUGCCGCAACUGAUAUUGAACCGGUGGAUACAGAUGCAGAUACUACAAACAGAACGAGCAACAGUGUUUUGAUUACGAUUCAAGAUGUAGAUGAGCACGGAAACGUUCUGAAAUCAGAAACUAUAGAAUCAUCUGAGAUUUUUCUAAAUGAUGAAAUAAAGAAGUCUUUGAGAAAUAAGUCGAAAUCCAAGUGGAAUGGCGAAGUGAAAGAAAUUAUUAAGAAAGGUGCUAAUAAAAAACAAAAGGUUAAAAAAAUGAAGUCUAGUGGUACUGUUAAAAAAGACAAAGAUGAAGAGAAUACUAAGAAAUGUCAAGUAACAAAUGAUAUCCAUUAUUUUUCGGAGGAUAUAAUUUUAAAUUCAGAUAUAUUCAACAUUACGUCCACUACGAAUUCACAGUAACAUUACGAUUUUUAUUAUAUUAUUUGUAUUUCUUUUUGCUUUUAAUAAAUAACUUACUUAAUUUAAA